AUGGUCUGCAACCACCUCAUCCAGGCCGCCCCUAACGCGGGUUUCCGGCGCGACGCCCUCAGAGUCGACGAUCCUACUCUGGACCAGGUCAUUGAUCAAGCAUUCAAGUACGAAGUCUCUACGGCGGCCAACAAGCGUUUGGAAUCCUGGGCAGAAGUAGCGGCCCUACGCGACCACGACGCAUCGGAGCCCGUAGCGUCACUGGCGGAGGUCGAAGACGUUGCCGCCGUCCGUUGCGAUGACCGGCGCAGGCCAUCCUGUUCUGCACAGCGUCGACAGGGCAGCCGCCCUGUGCAGGAAUUCGCGCCCUCUGACUGCUCCGGGGGUCCGGCGCAGACCGUCAGUGCACGGAGGCCCCCGCGCUCUCACCAGCGCCGCGAGCCCCUCCUCCUGCCGUCCUGCCCAGAAUGCUUUAAGAACUACGCACGGGAAUACUGCCCUGACAGCCAGCCAGCCAGCCAGCCCAGCAGAGCCGCCGCGGUCCAGCAGCAGCAGCAGCAGCAGCAGCAGCAACAACGCUGGUCCCGUUCCCGGUCCCGGCCUGCAGCAGCGGUCCCACCGGCAGCAGCCAGCCAGCCAGCCAGCCAGCCAGCCAGCCUCCUGUGGCAGCAGCAGCAGCAGCAGCAGCGCUACAAACUGCAGUUAUGUUCUGAAGCAGCUGGCAGAGCUGUGGCCGUGGUGGAGGGAAGUAACACGGCUGCCAGCAUUAAGCCACACCGCUGCGGCGGAUGCUGA